UGUCAUUUCAAAACUUACCCCACUCUCCACAAGUCAACGCGGUUAGUUUCUCGCUGGCUUUUGCAACGUGAAGUCAUCUCUCGCUUCUGACGGAGCACUUUGGAAACCUACAAGAAGAGCAGAAACCACAAACAAACUUCAACUUUUCUGCAGGAAGCGAAGCGAGCGGACAUCUAAAGAAAAAGCUGAGGAUCGGAGCCCCUCUUUUCUGCGGAAAAAAGGGAGGCUUAACUUUUUUUCCCAUCUUUUUUCUCCCCCUUUCGUUCACCAAAAUGAAUCGGAGCUUUAACAAGUCGCAACCUUUGCGACACGCUGAUUGUGACGCCGUGGAAGUGAAGAGCAAGUACGGAGCAGAGUUCCGACGGUUCUCCGUAAACCGGAUCAAGCCUGGUAAAUUCGAGGAGUUCUACAAGCUCAUCCUGCACAUUCACCGCCUCGCGAAUAUAGAGGUGAUGAUUGGAUACGCCGACACUCAUGGGGACUUCCUGCCGAUUAACAACGACGAGAACUUUUCCAAGGCAGUCGACUCGGCUCAUCCCCUACUCAGGGUAUUCAUACAAAGACGAGAGGAGGUCGACUACACCACCUUUGGCACCAACACCUUGACUCGUAAAAAGAAGGCGGUGGUGACGCUUCGCAACAGCGACAUCAACCGUAAGCGUCCCCGCGUCCCAAUCGGCAUGCCGCAGGACUUCCGUCCCGUCUCCUCCAUCAUCGACGUGGACAUCCUGCCCGAGUCCCACCGCCGCGUCCGACUCUACCGCCACGGCUCGGACAAACCCCUGGGCUUCUAUAUCCGCGACGGGACCAGUGUUCGAGUGACUUCCCAUGGUCUGGAGAAAGUUUUCGGCAUCUUCAUAUCCCGGAUGGUCCCUGGAGGCUUGGCAGAGAGCACCGGGCUGCUGGCGGUUAACGAUGAGGUGCUGGAGGUGAACGGCAUCGAAGUGACGGGGAAGUCUUUGGAUCAGGUCACGGACAUGAUGAUCGCGAACAGCCACAACCUGAUUGUGACCGUCAAGCCGGUGAACCAGCGCAACAACGUCGUCCGCAGCAGCAGAAUCUCCGGCAGCUCAGGCCAGUCGUCCGACAGCAGCGGCUCCAUCGGCAACCCAAGUUUGUCGGUGGCUCCGGUGCGGGAGUCGACCUCUGUGGCUCAUCACAACUACCAUGACGAAAUGGAAAGCGACGAAGAUACAGAUAUUGUCAUCGAGAACAGCCUUAAGCGACCGUCUCUCCGGUCCAACGCCUCGCUGGCUUCCAACGCGUCCCGAACGCACCAGCAGACUCCGGCGGCUCCUCCCAGCCCUCCGACAAGGCCGCCGUCGGUGGUCUCCACCUCUUCCUUCCGGUCCCAGACCAGUCUCAAUGGAGGGUCCCACCACCAACAACCACAACCCAGCAUCAGCCUCAGCCACCAGUUGCACAAAGACCUGAACCUUAAACACAACCAGCACCAGCAGUCCAAACACAGCGAGCUGCACAUGCAGCCGCCCCAUCACAGCAGCAACCCAGCGCUCCGACACAGCAACGGCAGCCUGCACAAAAUCCUCAGCUCUCUGAAAACGGACCCACGCCACAGUCUCGCGCUGCCCAAGGGAGGGGUGGAGGAGGAUGGCACCGUCAUUACCCUAUAAUAAUUACAGAUAAGGAAGCAUAAACAUCCCAGCUGCUCAGAGACGAUACGGGAACAGCCCAAUACACACGAGCACAGACUGUGUGGCCUCUGAUGUUUUUUUUGUAUUUUUAUAAGGCAAUAGAAAGUUUACAAUAAUGAUACUGUGUAUAUAUCUUGUAUUUUUACGUUUCUUAUGUUCAAAAAUGUGUAUGUUCUUUAUAAGCGUCAGAACAAAUGGCUUUUUAUAGUCCACUGUAGGUUAGAGCUCUGAAUGUACCUGCAGCCUGGUGUCUUUUCUUGGUGUCCAUUUUUAAGACCCCCUUUCAUUCUCAUUGGAGGGACCAAUGUGGGUUUACUUAUGGAUGUUUUUUUUUUUACAGAGUAAAUCUAUACUACUUAUAUUCCCAUAAUGCUGUGUAGAGUUUGUUUUUACUAGGUCUUUUAUGCAUCCAUGAUUGUGAUCAAAUCUUUGUAUCUGUUUAAAUAAAUUAUUCUCUCAUUCAUGAAAAGCAGAUGUGAUGAGUCA